UCGUUUGAUAUUUUUUUUGGUAGAAUUUCAUAAAGAGAACGAGUUCAAAGAAGAGGUGACUACAUUGGGUUACAGAUUUGUUACUUUGCCUUGUAGUAAGCUCCAUGACUGUACUGAAGGCUAUGUUGUGAAUGAUACAUGUAUUAUUGAAGUAAAGGUUUAUGUCCUUGAGGCUGAAAUCGAUGAGGAUGAAAACGAGGAAGGAUCAUCUUCUCUUGUUAAGAGUACGGAGCACUCACUAAGUGCAAAUUCUAUGCAAGUUCCACACUCUUCAGUAGCACCCAAUUCUGAAGCACAUUGUGAACAGCUGCUUCCCUCCAAUGAUAAACCAAGUUCUCUACAAAUUUGCAGUAACAAUAGCACCGAUAGUCCUACUGGCCCUCGUGUAGUCAAGUUACCUGAGAAAGAAAAACUACCCUACACUACUCCAGCUAGUAAGCUCAUUGAUUUCAAAGGUUUAGGUUGGAUCGAGAAAGCUUUUGUUCCACUACUAGAGGAGGUUUGCUCAGGGCAUCCUUCAUUGAUCGAGUGCCAACAAAAGAGGAGUCGUAAGUUCACUGAAUGUGCAUUCACAGCUCUGGGAAGAGUCCUGCCUUUUUUAAAGACUGCAAAAAGUAAGGAUAUGACGUCUGAGGACUCCUGCGACCACCUUGAGCUUUUAUGGGAAGAGCUUGAGAUCUUCAGAUUUGACUUGUCGUGGUUAAAGCCAUAUGUUCAGUCUGCUUUGUGUAUGAAGAAAUUUGAGGAAAUGACAGGGGGAGUGAAAAGAUUGAGAGAAGAUGUGGAUGCUUUAGAGAUCAAAUUAAGAAGACGAAGGACCGAGCUAAUUGAAGCAGAGGUAGAUCUUGAUCGGGUAGCAGAAAGUGACUCGGUGAAUUUAAGGGAGAUAGAUAUGGAUAGAGAGUUAGGUUAUGGGGGGCAUUAGCCUAAUUUUGGAAUUCAUCGUUUAUUAUUUUGGUCAUAUGACUGCGAUGGACAGUUUUAAUAUGUACGCAGUAUAUAUCUAUUCAAACUUGGGACUGCUUUUCA